CACCUCUCUCCCACCAUUUAAUGCAAUUGCACCCUCUCAAUAAGCUUUGCAAUAACUCCUCGCUGCCACAUUUUCCUCCAUCUGCUUCCCUUUUCUCCUUCCUUUCUUCCUCUCACACCCACUUCUUCCCCUCUUAUUUUCCUUUUUUCCUCUCUGUCUUUUGAUUCUUCGUCUUCUUAAUUUUCUUCCAUAUAUAUAUAUAUAUAUAUAUUUCUUCCAACUUCAUUGAAGCCCUUGCUACUCAACCUUAGCAGCUUAACUAUAUAUUACAAAAACUAGUCUCACAAACCCAUUGCAGCCCCAAAAAUAUUGGUUCGCCGACAAUACUCUUUAGCUACCUAGCCCCAAAGCAGAUCUGAUAGUCUCAUCUUUUCUGGGGCCUUAAUUAGGGCAUGAAACAGUACAAUAUAUAUUUAUAUGCUGAUCAUGGUGCUAUAAAGUUCUAAGGAUAACGUAAAAAUAGUACUGUUAAGACAACGUUGGAUUCUCCGAGAUCUUCGAGGGCGUUACAUAGAUUUUUUUUGUUCUCUCAUUUUUAUUUUUAUUUUUUAUAUUUUCAUUUGUUUGGUUAAUUUUGUCUGUCAAAAGCCGAAUCCAAAUUGUCAACCUUAUCUUUCUUUAUAUGAUAGUCUCUGUUUAACGUAAGAAAACAGAUUGACAAAAGAGAGAUUUUAAACCUUUCCAAACGCCCCAAAAAAAAAAAAAUAACUCAUUGUCAGCUCAGUCCAUUUUACUUUGUAAAAGGUUUUUGUUUAGUUUAGUUUAGACUAACACUACUGCCAAAGAAUCUAAGAUUAAAGUAGUAGUAGUAGUAGUCAGAACUCUUUUUUGACUCGACCUCUUUUUUAUAUAUAAGAAGAAGAGUAUGAAAACAACAUAGUUUUUCAAAACUGGACGGUGUAAAAAGGAAUUUAGGGUUUCUGGGUUUUUCAACAUGCCGGCCGGGAUUAUGAUUCCGUCGACGAACAUGCCGUCGAUAAUCGGACGGAAUGGAAAUGUUGGUGGGUUUGGUUCAUCUUCAGGACUUACUCUUAGUCAGAUUGAAAACCCAUAAGCUUGGGAAUCUUAAAGAUCUGUAGAUAUGUUCCAGCCAAACAUGAUGGAAGGUGGUCACCAGCUUCUUCACCCACUAGACAUGGCAGCCCAGAACACCACCUCCGAAAGCGAUCUCAACGCUCGUCUCGGCCGAGACGACGACGUUUUCGACAGCGCAACUAAAUCCGGUAGUGAAAACCAAGAGGGUGCCUCCGGUGACGACCAUGACCAGCAGCGGCCCAAGAAGAAGCGCUACCAUCGCCACACUCAGCAUCAGAUACAAGAAAUGGAAGCAUUCUUCAAGGAGUGUCCACAUCCAGAUGAUAAGCAAAGAAAAGAAUUGAGCCGGGAAUUAGGGUUAGAGCCAUUACAAGUCAAAUUUUGGUUUCAAAACAAGCGCACCCAAAUGAAGACCCAGCAUGAGCGCCAUGAAAACACUCAACUCCGCACAGAAAAUGAUAAACUAAGAGCUGACAACAUGAGGUACAGAGAAGCUUUGAGCAACGCCUCAUGCCCUAACUGCGGUGGCCCAACGGCAAUAGGAGAGAUGUCGUUUGAUGAACACCAUUUGAGACUAGAAAAUGCCCGUUUAAGAGAAGAGAUUGAUCGUAUUUCUGCCAUAGCUGCUAAGUACGUGGGCAAGCCUGUAGUGAACUACCCUCUCCUCUCAUCCCCAGUUACGCCUCGUCCACUCGAACUCGGAGUGGGAAACUUUGGGACUCAGGCAGGCAUUGGAGGAGAGAUGUAUGGAGGUGCCACCGGAGAUCUUCUGAGGACGAUGAGUGCCCCCAAUGAGGCUGAUAAGCCUAUGAUAAUUGAGCUUGCGGUUGCAGCCAUGGAGGAGCUGAUUAGGAUGGCCCAAAUGGGAGAGCCCUUGUGGAUAACUAGCCUCGAUGGUGCCAGCGCCGUGCUCGAAGAGGACGAGUACGUUCGCACAUUCCCUCGAGGAAUCGGGCCCAAGCCUGCUGGUUUCAAAUGCGAAGCUUCCCGUGAGACUGCUGUCGUUAUCAUGAACCACAUUAACCUUGUUGAGAUUCUCAUGGAUGUGAAUCAAUGGUCGACUGUUUUCUCUGGUAUUGUUUCAAGAGCAAUGGCUUUAGAAGUCCUCUCAACUGGAGUCGCCGGAAAUUUCAAUGGAGCUUUGCAAGUGAUGACAGCAGAAUUUCAAGUGCCUUCACCGCUGGUUCCAACUCGUGAGAGUUACUAUGUAAGGUACUGUAAACAACAUGCGGAUGGGACUUGGGCAGUAGUUGAUGUUUCUUUGGACCACCUACGACCUAGUCCAGCAGUUCGAUGCCGAAGAAGGCCUUCUGGCUGCCUUAUCCAAGAAAUGCCAAAUGGAUACUCUAAGGUGACAUGGGUUGAGCAUGUAGAAGUGGAUGAUAGAGGAGUUCACAAUCUCUACAAGCAGCUAGUUAACUCUGGCCAUGGAUUUGGUGCAAAACGAUGGGUUGCCACCUUGGAUCGUCAAUGCGAACGACUAGCUAGUGCCAUGGCAACCAACAUUCCAACCGGUGAUGUUGGUGUGAUAACAAACCAAGAAGGGAGAAAGAGUAUGCUAAAGUUGGCUGAGAGAAUGGUGAUAAGCUUUUGUGCUGGGGUGAGUGCCUCCACCACUCACACAUGGACAACACUCUCCGGAACCGGAGCUGAUGAUGUUCGGGUCAUGACCCGUAAGAGCGUGGAUGAUCCAGGCAGGCCUCCUGGGAUUGUGUUAAGUGCUGCUACUUCAUUCUGGCUUCCUGUUUCUCCCAAAAGAGUCUUUGAUUUCCUCCGCGACGAGAAUUCUCGAAGCGAGUGGGAUAUUCUUUCCAAUGGGGGAGUUGUUCAAGAAAUGGCACACAUCGCAAAUGGUCGUGAUACUGGAAACUGCGUCUCUCUACUUCGAGUAAAUAGUGCCAACUCAAGCCAAAGCAACAUGCUGAUAUUACAAGAGAGCUGCACCGACCAAACGGCGUCGUUUGUGAUUUAUGCUCCGGUGGAUAUUGUUGCGAUGAACGUGGUUCUAAACGGUGGCGAUCCGGACUAUGUGGCUCUACUUCCGUCGGGAUUCGCCAUUCUCCCCGAUGGGACUGGCGGAGGUGGCAUUGAACCUUGUUCUUCAGGCGGUUCUCUCCUGACUGUUGCGUUUCAGAUUUUGGUUGACUCGGUCCCUACAGCUAAGCUUUCUCUUGGAUCGGUCGCAACUGUUAACAAUCUUAUUGCUUGCACGGUCGAGAGGAUUAAGGCUUCUUUGUCAUGCGAGACUGCGUAAUAUUACAGUGCUAGCUUCAUAAUAAUAAACAUUUGAUAGAAUUAAGAAGAUGGUCAAAAUCAGUGGAGGCAAUCAAAGGGAAAGUAGAAAGAUAAAGAAGCCUAAUUAAGGUGUUAAGGAAAUGAAUGCAAGACAUUUUGGAGAAGUCAAGAGCGCACCUUACAUGAUCCAUUCUAAGCAUUUCAAUUUCGAGUUUGCAAGGAUUAUAGGGGUUCGGGUAUUGACUUCAUCGAACAAAUUAAGUAGAAAAAGGCAUUAAAAGACUUGAGACCUUAUAGUUUUAUGGAUGUAGGUUUAAUGAACAUUCCCUUUAGAUUUCAUCUUCAUUAACAUUUGUUUUUAGCCUUAUUUUAGGGUUGUAGGCAUGUGGGGUUUAAUGCUUCACAUAUCUAUAUAUAUGUUCUUAAUUAUUUCCCUAUUUCCGGUUUCAGCUCACAACUACAACCAGACAAGGGUUUAGAUUUUUUUCCCCAUUUAAUUAAGAGCUGUUGAAAUGGAUAUUGCUUCUAUAGCUAAUAUAUGUCUAAUCUUUCAUGGUGUUCAUUUCUUCAA